AUGCUCGCCAAAGCCGUCCUCCUCGUCGCAGCCGCUUGCAAUGCAGGGGCAUCACCCUACGUCGUCACCAACCCAGCAGACCUCAAGAACGACUGGCACAGCAAUGACUACACCGGAACUCGCGGCAAGGACCAGAUGAUCCAUUGGAAAUUCACCAUCGAAGGACACAACGCAGUCCCCGACCCAGGCGACUUUUCAACCGUUUGCAAAGGCGUGCAGAACGGGGAGCUAUGCGGCGAACCAUGUACCAAGCCCGGGGCCUUUGUGGCAUGUAAGAACGAAGCAUACGAGGCUCGUCAGUGGUUUAAUGAGUAUGGCACUACUGUUGAAGUGCGCCGUACUACGUUCCCUGAUGCUGGAAAAAAAGUUAUUACCAGUGCUUUGGCCAAUAUCACUGAGCAGGACGUGGUCGGUACAGUGCAUUACAAGCUAAAAUUUGGGGAUUUUCAGAAGCAAUUCAUUUCAACAUUGAAUCCUCCAUCGACUAAAAUUUAG